CAAAAGGCAGAGUGAAAUUUUGAAACCCGAAUAUGUCGGAUGAAGAGCACCAUUUUGAAUCUAAGGCCGACGCUGGCGCUUCCAAAACCUUCCCUCAGCAGGCUGGCACCAUCCGUAAGAACGGAUACAUCGUCAUAAAAAAUCGUCCCUGCAAGGUUGUUGAAGUUUCCACCUCCAAGACAGGGAAACACGGUCAUGCUAAGUGUCACUUUGUCGGAAUCGACAUCUUCACUGGCAAGAAGCUGGAAGAUAUCGUUCCCUCUUCACACAACUGUGAUGUUCCACAUGUCAAUCGUACUGACUACCAGUUGAUCGACAUUUCUGAGGAUGGAUUCGUGAGUUUGCUGACUGAUAGUGGAGACACGAAGGAUGAUCUGAGGCUCCCAACCGAUGAGAGCUUGUUGAAACAGAUCAAGGAUGGGUUUGCAGAGGGGAAAGACCUGGUGGUGUCGGUUAUGUCGGCAAUGGGUGAGGAGCAGAUCUGUGCUCUCAAGGACAUUGGUCCGAAAUAGUCAGAGAUCGAUUCUCAGUAUGUUAUUGCAAUCUUAAAUGGGAUUAUUUUUAUAAGAGCUUGAAUUGCUUUGCAUUUUCAAGACAUGGGUGUUUAUUAUAUGGUUUA